GCGGGUCCUGCGGCCUGGGCCCCGCAGGGUCGUGUACAGCGUCAUGGCGCGCUUCCUCUGCGCGCUUAGGAGCCUUCCCUUCCGAGAAGUGCCCGGGUGGGCGGUCCGGGGCCGAGCGGACCGGGGCGGCGUCGGCGCGAGUACCGGACCUGAGGACGCAGGGUCCCUUACAAAGCGGAAGCCAGUUCUCUCCAAGAGUGAGUGGCAGAAGAAGCUGACUCCAGAGCAGUUCCAUGUCACGAGAGAAAAAGGGACGGAACCGCCUUUCAGUGGGAUCUACCUGAACAACAAGGAAUCAGGAAUGUAUCACUGUGUGUGCUGUGACAGCCCGCUUUUCAGCUCUGAGAAAAAGUACUGCUCAGGCACUGGAUGGCCUUCGUUUUCUGAGGCUCACGGGACGUCUGGCUCUGAUGAGAGUAACACAGGGAUCCUGCGACGUGUGGACACCUCGUUGGGACCAGCUCGCACAGAGGUCAUCUGCAAGCAGUGUGAAGCUCACCUUGGCCAUGUGUUUCCUGAUGGACCUGGGCCUACUGGUCAGAGGUUUUGCAUCAACAGUGUGGCACUCAAGUUCAAACCAAGCAGACACUGACUACCUCCAAGAGUGCCCUUCCCUCGCCACUCCCUCAUUUCCAAACUCAAUUUUCAUAAUUUAUGUGAGUAGCUAGUUUUAUUACCUACUAAACCAGGCUAAGUUUGCUGCUAUCACCAAGCAAGUCACACCUUCUCUAACUUACUACCUGGAGUCAGCCAACCCUGGCUCUGGCUUUGAUUGGAAUUUCACAAAAUGACAGAGGGGCAACCAUUUCCAUUAAAUCGACUUCGGUGGGCUUUGCUUGGACCAGAGGGCAUGACUCUUUGGGGACAUUUGGAGGCUGAUGGACAAACCAAAGAAUUCCUACAAAACCACCCUGAACAUUCCAUUGCAGUUAAGUUCUUCAUGGACAUAUAUAGGUGAGAGAUCGAGUGAAAAGAGGAAAGAAAAUAUGGGGUUAGACUAAUUCACAGUCCCAGCAUGGAAAGAAGCAACGAGGAGGAGGAUUGUGGAUGAGCCGUGCUUUGGGGGAUCCACGGAAUGCACGAUAUUUUUUUCAAAACUUUAGACUGUCUUGAACUUUCCAGUUCCAGCUUCUCUACGGGCAACUUAAAGUUUCGAUGGGAGUUUGCUAGAUUUCAGUGAUGAUGAAUACAAGUAGCUACAAAGUUAAACUUUAAUUUAGUUCAAAUAAAAUAUUUACUAAAAUC